AUGAGUUUAUCUAGUGAAGAACUAAAUUACUUAAUAUGGAGAUAUUUGCAAGAAGGAGGCCAUGAACUAACGAGUUUGGCCUUACAAGAGGAAACGAGAGUUCUUGAAUUUGAUGAAAAAUAUAAAGAGUUCAUUCCUAUGGGUACUUUAGUUAACUUAGUUCAAAAAGGGAUACUUUAUUGUGAGAGCGAAUUAUUGGUGAAAUAUAAUCCGAAAGGAGAAUUAACAUACGAGGAACUGAGGAAUUUUGAUGAGAAUUUUAAUUUAGUUAAUGCUUUGGAAAUUGAAUUGGAGAAACAUCCAAACUUGAUGGAAAAUGGUGGUAGGUUUGCAUUAAAAGAUGAUUCAGAAUCAAAAUAUAAAGAACAACAACAACAACAACAACAACAACAACAACAACAACAGCAACAACCAAAUGAGAAGAUAGAGGAAAGAGAAAAAGAUGAAAGGAAAACGUUUAAAGCCGAAGUGGCAAAUGGAAAGAAAGAAGAUAUUGUGGGUUCCACUACUUCAGUGAAUGAGAAAGAUGUAGAAUAUGAAAAUAAAGAAAGAAACGAACCACAUAAAGAAUUAAAGAAAGAUAAUCUUCAAGUAGUAUCAUCUAACGUGGUAUUUAAACCUCUUAAAGAAAUUUUCCAGAUGGAUACUAAUAUAUUGAAUUCAGAUUGGAAUAAAACAAUAGAUAACCUACUAGCAUAUGGGCAAGAGGAUUCCACAGCUAAGAUAAUUGAAUUUGAGACCAUGACAGGUAUCGAUGAUAUCUCGAAGCUAAAAGUUGCAAAAUCGUUUGAAUUAAGACAUCCAUUUGCAUUAGGUUCCAUUUCAGGUAAAGAAACCAAUAUGGUAACAUGUUUAAGUUGGUCACCUAAUGGUAAAUUAAUUAUAACUGGUGUUGAGAAUGGUGAAUUAAGAUUAUGGAAUGAUAAUGGAUUAUUACAAAAUGUUUUCAAUUUCCAUAGAUCUUCUAUUCUUUCCAUUAAAUGGAAUGAAGAUUCCAUUCAUUUUCUUUCCAUUGAUGCUGAUAAUGUUACCAUAUUAUGGAACGCUCUCAAUGGUAUUGUUUUGGAACAUUUUGAACCUAAAAAGCAACAACAUAAACAUUCUCAAAUAAUACAAGAUUCACAAGGAUAUCUUGGUGUGGAUAUUGAAUGGGUAGAUAAGGAUAAAUUUGUUAUUCCUGGUAUCAAUGGUACUAUGUUAGUAUAUUCCAUGAAUGAUGGUGGUGAUAUUAGUAGUAGUAGUAGUAGAACUAAAGACCACCAAGUUCCAAUAGGUAAAUUAACUGGACAUCAAGGGUUAAUAAGUUGUAUCAAAUUUAAUCCUGAAAAUAAAUUACUGGUUAGUGCAUCGGACAAAGAUUUUAGUAUACGUGUAUGGCAUGGUGGUAAUAGUAAUUGUUGUAAUUUAUUUAAUGGUCAUUCACAAAGUAUUGUUUCUGUUGAGUGGAUUAAUAAAGAUCUACUUAUUUCAUCAUCAAUGGAUGGUACCGUUAGAGUUUGGUCAAUCGAAAGUAAUGGUUUAGUUGGUUUGUCUAUGUUGAAGGGUAUACCUAUUUUAUGUAGUGCAAUGUCAAAUGAUAGUAAAAAGUAUGUUGUUGGCUUUAUAAAUGGUACGAUACAAAUAUAUGAUUUGACUGUUUUACAAACAAUAUUACAACAAAGGAAAGCAAAAUGUGAGAGUGAGAAUAAUAAUGGUAUCAAUGUCAAUGAAAUAAUAAAUUCUGUACCAAUAAGUAUACCAUUGUACGGAACUUAUCGUAAUGUUAAUGACAAGAUAAGAAAAUCAAGUGAGAACAGUACCGGUAUGGAUAUAGAUAUCGAUAAUGAUACAGAAAAUGAGAAUGACUAUGGUAAUGAUGAUGAUGAUAUUAUAUUUGAUAUAUCAUGGGAUAAAAACGAUGAUAAAAUAGCUAUUGCUUAUUCAAAUAAGAAAGGUUGUAUUGUUUCUUUAUAA